AUGAAGCAAUAUUUGAACUAUUACAAGAUGAGACUGAGAACAUCGAGGUUAGGUUAUCUGUUAAUUCAGUUCACGGCGCUUUGCUUUUACGCACAGAACACUGUGCAGUCUCCUCCUAAUUUCAAGCACCAUGUCACCGAGCAGAGCCGGCUGUCGGACCGGAUGAGCCGCAGGUUGACGCGGACCUACCAGCUGUACAGCCGCACCAGCGGGAAACACGUCCAGGUCCUGGCCAACAAGAGGGUCAACGCCAACGGGGACGACGGAGCGGUGCACGCUAAACUGGAGGUGGAGACGGACUCUUUUGGAAGUCGUAUCCGUAUUAAAGGGGUGAAGACAGGAUACUACAUAUGUAUGAACAAGAGGGGGAAGCUGAUCGGCAAGCGGAAAGGACGAGGCAAAGACUGCAUCUUCACUGAGAUUGUUCUGGAAAACAACUACACGGCGCUCCAGAACGCCAAGUACGAGGGCUGGUACAUGGCUUUCACACGCAAGGGCCGCCCGAGGAAGGCCUCCAAGACCAAGCAGCACCAGAGGGAGGCCCACUUCAUGAAGCGUCUACCCAGGGGGCACUUGCUGAGCGAGAGGAGACCGUUUGAUGUCCUUCCUCUUGCCGUCCCCGCGCACCCUUUGAGCAAGCGGACUAAACAUUCCCAUCACCAGCGCUCAGGGGGCCGCUGA